CAGGCUGUAGAGUGUUGAAGGCAGUGUUAUUCGGUCAGAUUUAUUGGCCAAACUAAUCCGUAUAAUUUUUUUAAAUUAUUUUUUUUACAACUCGGACGAUUUCCACAGCUUGGUUAGAAAACAACCCGUAUGGUAUUGUUCCUGUGUUGUUUUUGUAGCUUACUUCGAACAUUAGCUUCUUCUUUUUUCAGCUAGUCGAUGUAGCUGCUAACAAGCGCUCGGGUAGAAACUUACCUGCUGAAGUGGCGCUUUAGUUUUGAGCAGAGAUCAACAGGCAGUGGUUGUUUCGGUCAUCGUUCAAAACUACUUUUGGGCUAUGGACUCCGCUUCCACGUUCAGGGUGGCAAAGAUCACGAAACCUCAAAGGCCUGAAAUGAAGUCCAGCGAUGAUGGGCCAAAGCGUGUUCUUGUGUCGCAGCCAGUUCAGAAAGCUGGAGUCACACCGACUCAGCCCCAGCGGAUCCUUGGUCUGUCAAAUGGUCCGCAGCGUGUUCAGCGGCCUGUCAGCCACCAGAAACCAUUAUCUCACGUCUCUGCUGUUAAGUCAAAACACCCCGAUGACCAGAAUGUAAACCCGGCUUCUCUGAAAGCAAAUCCUGCGCCUCGGCCAAAGCCUGUAACCCAGCAAAAUCAGCCAAAGACACAAGUGCCCAGUGCCAACCCAGGAAUAACCAAGCCACCGUCAGAAUCUGCAAAGCUGGAAAAGCCACAGAAUAAUCCUGCCAAGAAUGAUCGGAUCUCUUUAUCAAAGAAGCCGUGGAGCCUGGAAGAUUUUGACAUCGGCCGUCCUUUGGGAAAGGGGAAGUUUGGCAACGUCUACUUGGCAAGAGAGCGCCAGACUAAAUUCAUCUUGGCCCUGAAGGUGCUCUUCAAGAACCAGCUGGAGAAGGCCGGGGUGGAGCACCAGCUGAGGAGAGAAGUGGAGAUUCAGUCUCAUCUCAGGCAUCCUAACAUCCUGCGUCUGUAUGGAUACUUCCACGAUACUUCUCGUGUGUAUCUCAUCCUUGAGUUUGCACCCAAAGGAGAGCUGUUCAGCGAGCUGCAGCGAUGUGGAAGUUUCUCCGAAGACAGAAGUGCGACAUACAUCAUGGAGCUGGCAGAUGCCCUUCACUAUUGCCACACCAAGAAUGUGAUCCACAGAGACAUCAAACCGGAGAACCUGCUUCUGGGAGCCAACGGGGAGCUGAAGAUUGCAGAUUUUGGUUGGUCUGUUCACACCCCUUCUUCCAGGAGGUCCACUCUGUGCGGAACACUUGACUACUUGCCUCCAGAGAUGAUUGAGGGCAGGACUCAUGAUGAGAAGGUUGAUCUGUGGAGUCUGGGGGUCCUCUGCUACGAGUUCCUGGUUGGAAAACCCCCGUUUGAAGCAAAGACUAACGAUGAGACCUACCGUAGGAUUUCAAAGGUGGAGUACACAUACCCUCCACAAACUAACAUCAGUGCUGGAGCUAAAGACUUGGUAGCCAGGCUUCUGAAACACAAUCCCAUGCAGAGACUUCCCAUCCAGGGAGUCCUGUCCCACCCCUGGGUGCUGGAGUAUUCAAACAAGAAGCCUACAACACGGAGUAAUCCGGACACAAAUCAGUGAUGGCUCUCCAAACACAUUUCUGUACAGGCUGGAGUACUCCGACAAAACACCAACAGUUCAAUGUUUUGAAGUCCAAACAGCACUUGUUUUGAAAACAGAAUGACCCCCCCCCCCCCCUUCUAAUUUUUAAUAUUUUUUUUAUUGCAAAAACUUGAGUCACUUUGUCAUCUUUAUCAAUGUUUCUUCUUAUCCAUGGCAUGCUUUUGCCUGUAAAUAUUUCACUGUUUUUAGAUAAUUAUGAACAUUUAUUGAGUUUUUGUGAAAUGUUAUUAUUACUUGAAAUGGGGAAAUAAUUCUUAUUGAAAAAUGUUGCGUUGGAAAGAACCACAAAGUGUUUCAGUGAGAAAUGUAUAUUUUUUUUCUUCUUUGCAUUUCGAUCUUGUCUGAACCAUUUGGUAAAUUAGACUUUGCACUGAAGAUACUGAUUUUUAUUAUUUUGUUUUUGUGAAGUGCACAACAGAGGGCGCCAUUAAACCACACAACUGGGAAUUUGUUCAGUUUUUAAUUGGCUAUGUGACUUUUCUAAUACAAUAAAAUGUUAGAUUUGAAA